AUGGCAGACAACGCCCCCCCUUCUGCUGAGACCAUGCUCAGCGGCGCUGCUGCCCACCAGCCCAAGGCCGGAGAGGAUAUCGCCAACCAGUAUGACCUGCUGCCCCGCCUCAUCCCGUACCUCGACCGUCACUUGGUCUUCCCGCUGCUCGAGUUCAGCGCCGACACCGACGAGGAGGACAAGGAACUCACCCGCGCCAAGUACGAGCUGCUCAAGCACACCAACAUGACCGACUACGUUGCCAAUCUGUGGCAGGAGAUCAACGAUUCCGACUCAAUUCCCGACGAAUUCGUCAAGAAGCGCGAGGAGGUUCUGGCCAAGCUGCAACACUACCAGGAGCAGAGCGAGAAGAUCACAGAGCUGCUACAGGAUGAAGAUGUCGUGGGCAACCUGCGCAGCGACAAGGCGGCCAACUUGCGGUUCCUGGAGGAGCAGCACGGGGUCACCAACGAGAUGGUCAACAGCCUCUACGACUAUGGCCGCUUUCAGUACAGCUGCGGCAGCUACGGCAACGCGGCAGAGCUGCUGUACCAAUUUCGGGUUCUGUCAACCGACAACGACAAGGUGGCCGCCGCCACCUGGGGCAAGCUGGCGUCGGAGAUCCUGACCACCAGCUGGGAUGCCGCCAUGGAGGAGGUGCAGAAGGUGAAGGACUCGAUCGAGACGCGCCUGUUCAACAACCCUCUCGCCCAGCUCACCAACCGGUCCUGGCUCAUUCACUGGUCUCUCUUCCCCUUCUUCAACCACGACGCCGCCCGCGACGUUCUCACCGACCUCUUCUUCUCCCCCGCCUACAUCAACACCAUCCAGACCAGCUGCCCAUGGAUCCUGCGGUAUCUCGCCGCCGCCGUCAUCACCAACCGCAGCCGCCCCCACAAGAACACUGGUCUGUACCAGAAGCAAUUGAAGGAUCUGAUUCGCAUUGUGCGUCAGGAGGGCUACGAGUACACCGACCCGAUCACCGACUUUGUCAAGGCGCUCUACGUCGACUUUGAUUUUGAGGAGGCGCAGAAGAAGCUGGGCGAGGCCGAGGAUGUGCUGCGGAGCGACUUCUUCCUUGUGUCGGCUGCCGAUGCUUUCGUCGAGGCUGCCCGGCAUCUCAUUUCGGAGAGCUACUGCAAGAUCCACCAGCGGAUUGAUAUCAAGGACCUGUCUACCCGUCUCGGCCUGAGCCAAGACGAGGGUGAGAAGUGGAUCGUCAACCUGAUUCGCGACACCCGGGUUGAUGCCAAGAUUGACUACAAGGAGGGUACGGUGAUCAUGAACCACCCGCCGCAGUCGGUGUACCAGCAAGUGAUUGAGAAGACGAAGGGUGCUUUCUUCCGGACACAAGUUCUGAGUUCUGCCGUCGCGAAAUGA